AACCAGGGUCUACUCCCUCUACCCUAAACCCCGCGUUCCUUUUCCGUCGCCACCUCCGUUGCUACUCUCCCACUACCUAACCCCGAUCCUCUUUUCCGCCGCACCUCCUUCUCCGCCGCUCCUCCAUCUCCUUCUCCGUCCCUUCCCCGACUCCUCCGUGACGAGGCUUUUUUUCCGUGUUUUUCCUUCGUCUUUAUUCCUCAUCUCCUUCUCCACACGUAAGCUUAGACUUCGUCUCUGAUGACGACCUCUCAAUCACAGGCCGUGAAGUCCUCAAUAAGUCCACCGGCCGGCGGCGCUUUACGUUCAAGAGUUUCUCCCAGCGGUGGAAGAGAUACAGAUCAAUGUUUUUCAUAGUCUUGACUCCGUUAAAGCUCAACCAUCUGACGACUCAUCAUUCUUGCGAGAGAGCCUUAUUUACUGGAAGGAAUUGAAUACGACGGUAGACUUUUUCUCCUUUUAUGAAAACAUGAAGCCAUUUGUUCAGAUGCUAUCGCAAGCGAUACUGCUCAAGGAAACUAUUAUGACGGAGCUCCUAGAUAAAGUGAAGAUUGAAGCUAUAUUGUCUCUUGAGCCAAUUCUAAGUUUGACUUUAACUAGAAAGCUGCACUGCCCCUGCAACUCUGUCACAUAUUUAGCAGCAGAAGUUAAAAACUUAAAUAGUUUUCUUCCAAGGCUUGUAGAUUCUUUGGUGAUUCUACUUAAAAAUGGUGGUGACCGUGAUCCAGAGAUCAUAGAACAGAUAUUCACUUCUUGGUCAUAUAUCAUGAUGUAUUUGCAGAAGUGUCUUGCACGGGAUCUUGUUUAUGCCCCCAACGCCACAGCGACAGAGCCUCCGAAGAAGCCGCAAAUCAAGAGCGCAACGCUGAUCUUCGAUGAUAUCUCCAAGCUCUUCUCGCUUCCCAUCGUCGAGGCCGCUUUGAUCUUAGGUGUUAGGAAGGCUAUUAGAGUGGCUGCUAAACCAAAAGCUAAGAAGCACUGAAAGUAAAAGCUCCUCUUCCAUAAAUGGAGUUUCUGCUUUGCUAUGGUAUGCAAUGAGAGGGGUUUCGCUACUACUUCAUUCAAGAGCUGAAACUGUCUGGCAGAUUUUGAUUGACACAUCAACUUUUAAUAUGGUUGAAAAAUAUACCAAAGGCAUGUUUUUUUUAUAUCUAAUUAGUUUUUAUUUCUCGUUCUCA